AUGUCGUUUCCACGGACACAUUCACCAAGACCAUCUGGUUCACGAGAACAGGAAGAUCUCACACUGAUGAUUAAAGCUUUUAGAGAUUCAAUGGAAGCUAAGCUUGACUUGCAUUCGCAGAAGCUUACUGCUUUGGUAGCAAACAUUCCCAGAACGGACGAAGGGUUUGAAGAUUUAUCACAAAGGAUCACUGUUCUUAAAAAUCAUCAAAAAGCAUUUUUGCCCAAACAAGAAAAAGAAAUCGGAAGUCUUCUCCACAGACAAAGAGAGGAAGAAGGUGAUAUUAAGGAUUUCAAAACAGUCGUUGGUGAAGAAAAAGAAGAAUUGCACCAGGUUGAAGAUUGCGUUUUAAAAGAUCAAGAAGAAUUACGAAACGUCGAAAAGAAAGUUUUGAAAGAAGAAGAAGAUUUGCAAAAAGUGGAAGAGUCAAUGGAAAAGGAAAAACGAGAGUUACACCAGGUUGAAGACUUUAUUUUGCAAAGAGAUGAGACGGUAAAGAAACUUGGAGAAAGCAAUCAAUCUCAACAGGAACCAUAUACAACUGCAACUUCUGGUUCGGAUCAGAGAUUCAGAUCUCAACAACCUAACAUUGGAAAUACCUUAGCGCAGGAUCUAGCAUUAAUUCCAAAAUUAGAUCUGGAAAUUUGCAAAAUUGCAGUCAAAUAUCCAAAAUUGUUUGAAACAAAAUUACGACCACCACCACCCAGAGACUUUCAAUAUAAAAUUCAACUCACAGACCACACUCAAAUUUAUUCAAAACCAUAUAAAUGCAAUCAAGAAGAACAAGCUCUCAUCAAGGAUUUCAUCAAUGAAAAAUUAGAAGCAGGCGUUUUGGUACCAGCUCCAAUUGAUGCUUGGUUACACCCAAUAUUUCCAAUCAGAAAAACCAAUGCCAACCAAUCCUCCACCAAAAUAGCAGUUGAUUUAAGACGUCUCAAUAAGGUCACAGUACGAAUGUACACUUAUCCAACAGACACAAAAGACCUCUUAUCCUCACUAACAGAUUCCCACUAUUUUAGCGCUUUAGACUUAAAGAAUGCGUUCUAUCAGGUAAGCAUACACAAGGAUAGUAUAAAAUAUUUUGGGAUUUCAACAUCCGAGGGGAAUUAUUGCUUUACAACUUUACCGUUCGGAGCAAUCAAUUCCCCAACCAUCUUUACUAACUUUGUGAGACAGAUUUUAGAGGGGAUCCCAUGUAUAUUUAUAUACAUGGAUGAUAUCCUCAUCCAUACUAAAACCUUACAUGACCACAUGUCAUUACUCAGGAGAAUCAUGGAGAAACUAAAUGAGCAUCAGCUUCAAAUGAAUUAUAACAAGAUGCAAUUAUUAACAACAAAAAUCAAUUUCUUAGGGUACAGCAUUCAAGCGAACAAAAUAUCACCAGAUAUUUCCAAAAUUCAAGCAAUACAAAAUUGGGAAUUGCCCACGACCACUACUCAAAUCAGAGCAUUUGUCAAUUUCAGCAACCACUUUCGCAUCUUCAUCCCAGAAAUAGCAAAAUUUACUAAUCCAUUAAAUGAAUUAUUGAAGAACAACAAUGGUAAAAACAUAAAGAUUGAACACACCCAAGCAUCCAUUGAUGGUUACAAGGCAUUAAAAGCCGCCAUCAUUGGAUUGCCGACGCUUCAACUUUACAAUCCAAAACUACCAACCAUCAUUUUCACAGAUGCUAGCCACAUGGUAGUAGGAGGAUAUUUAUGUCAACCAACAUUCAGAAAUGACAAAGAAGUCCUUGUCCCAAUUGCAUUUUCAUCACAUAAAUUAACAGAAACACAAAGCAGAUAUGCUGCUAUGGAAAAGGAACUUUUGGCAAUUAUUGUGAUAUUGGAAAAAUUUAGAUAUCACUGCAGCAAUACGGUAGAGAUCUAUACAGAUUAUCAAAGUUUGGCAUCAUAUUUAGAUAAGAAAACUACUCCACCACCGAGAAUUGCUAGGUUUUUAGAUCUAAUUGGAUCAUUUUCCCCAAAAGUGUACUAUUUAAGUGGAAAGAAAAAUUUCGUUGCUGAUAUCAUUACAAGAUAUCAAACUCAAAAUAUUAAGGAAUUGGUAGAUGAAGACAAGAUACUAGGACAGACUUUUACAGUCAAGAGAAAUUUGAAACAACAACUAUUACCAAGAUUGGAAGCAAUUGAAUUGGAAAAUCUUAAUGAAUCACAGGUUCACAAAAUCCAAACUUCAUUAGAACAACAACAACAACAUGAUUUGGAAGACAAUGAUGAAGAGUUACCUCUCCAACUGUUUAAAUUAAUGAAUGAUGAGUUAUUUGUAAUCAUUAACAACCAACUUUUAAAAUACCUUCCAAGACUGGAAUACAAUGAUAUUUGUCAAACAAUCCAUGACAAACACCAUCCAUCAACUAGAGUAACAGACUACUUAUGCACACUCGCAUAUUGGCAUCCUGACCAUCUAUUAAUUGCUACAAACAUUACGAGAAAGUGUCACUAUUGUCAACUAAACACGUCAAUUCGUGAGGCCAUUAGACCAUACCGACCACUUGAACCACUCAAGGCAUUUAGCAGAUGGGGAAUGGACUACUCUGGACCAUACUUUAACACAGUCCAACACAGGUACAUAUUAGUAGCCGUGGAAUAUGUCACUGGUUUAACUAUUGCAGUACCAACAUUGCACAAAGACGCAGAUAACGCAAUCAGUCUUUUACAAUCAAUCAUUCUGAUCAUGUCAGCACCUACAGAAUUAGUUACAGAUCAAGGUAAAGAAUUUUCAUCACAAGCUUUGGCUACCCUAUGUGACCAGAAUAACAUACAACACCAUAUUACCUCCGCCCACCACCCACGUGGGAAUGGUCGGGUUGAGAAGGUGAACCACCUAUUGAAGAAAAUAUUGAAAGCAUUAACUAACGAUACGAUGCAAGACUGGGAUUUAAAACUAUAUGACGCUUUAAGAAUCUACAAUGCUACACCUACAAUUUUUAACUACACUCCACUUUAUCUUGCACUUGGAAUUGAACCACACCAUAAUUUAAAUCAAUUACAAAAAGAUUUAAUUGAAAAUUUGCAAAAAGAAUUGCCCCCAGAGGUCCAAUCCACAGAAGAACACGAAGAAAACCCAAAUGAUGAACAACAAGAAGAGGGCAGAGAACAACAAAUUUCAAGAGAAGAACAACAGGACGGCAGAGAUCUUGUACACUUAAGAAUUUACGAAUUGGAAGCAAUUAAGAAAGCUCGCAAGUUACACACAAAUUUGAAAACACGAAGAAACGCAGUCCAAAAUAUGUUAAAGGAACCAUAUGGCAUUCCAGCACCUUUUACAAAAGGACAAUGGGUAUACAGAAUUAGAGCUAAAGCACGAAAAUAUGAACCAAAUUUCGAUGGUCCAUAUCAAGUUCAAGAAGUAUUAGGUAAAGGUGCUUAUAAAUUGAGAGACAUCACUGGAAGAGAAAAAGGAAUCUACAAUCAGGAUCAAUUGAAGUUAGCAUAUUCAGCAGACAACGACCCAAUACAGGUUUUUAGUUCUUUCAAUAAAGAAUAUGAUCGAGUACAACAAAAAUUGUUAGACAAAAUUCAAUCGGAAAGAGAUCAUCAAUUAAAUUGUUUGUCAGUCCAACAUUUACACAGACAAAGAAGGUUACUCGAUAUAUCCAGCUGUCUUGAGCAAAUUCUGCAAUAA